CAGACCAAUGAAUGCGGGCGGGUGUUGUGUUGUGCCUGGAGAGUUUGAUCCCUCGGACUGUUAUAAAGAAGCCACUCUCGCUGUUAUGAAAUUGGACCUCCGGGUAAAGUGGACGGUCCCUUGUUCGUUUCGCAGACAACGGAAAAUAACAUUUUUUCAGAUCUUAAUGCAAAAACUUUCCCCCCCCCAAAUGGCGAUGAGUUUUUGAGCUGCUUUUCGCUGUUGAUUUCCAAGUUUCUGAAAAGUGUUGAGAAAGAAGCUGUAUUAAUAAGGAGCAGUUUUUACUGCACUUUGUCUUGCAGAGUUUGUGAAGUUGCUGUUGCUGAAGAUGCUGCUAACUGCAGUGCUGUGUACCUGCUGGCUGCUGGUAGAUGGCAGGAUUACCAGGCGCUCCCCCAGCUGCUCCCAGAUGUGCGAUGUGUCCCAGUGCCCCGACCUGCCCCCGGUCUGCCAGGCAGGGCUGGUGCUGGACUCCUGCGGCUGUUGCCAGCUGUGCGGCGCCGCUGAGGGCGAGUCUUGCGGCGGCCGCUGGGACGAGGCCAGAUGCGGAGAGGGGCUCCAGUGUUCGGUGCCGCCGGCGGCCAACCCGGCCAAGCGGCGGAUCAAGGGCGUGUGCGUGUGUGCCAGCAGCGAGCCGGUGUGCGGCAGCGAUGGCAGCACCUACCGCAACGUGUGCGAGCUGAAGGCGGCAAGCCGGCGGGCACAGACAUUCAACCAACCGCCUGUCAUCUUCAUCCAGAGAGGAGCCUGCGGACUGGGUCAGAAUGACCCAAACAGCCUGCGACAUAAAUAUAAUUUUAUUGCAGAUGUGGUGGAUAAGAUUGCUCCUGCUGUGGUUCACAUUGAACUUUUUCGUAGGUCAACUUAUUCAAACCGUGAACUAUCUGUUGCAAGUGGCUCAGGCUUCAUUGUGUCUGAAGAUGGAUUGAUAGUGACCAAUGCACAUGUGGUUACAAACAAGCAUAGAGUGAAAGUGGAGCUUAAGAGUGGAGCCACAUACAAUGCCAAAAUAAAGGACAUAGACGAAAAAGCUGAUCUUGCUUUAAUUAAAAUAGACCCUCCGGGUAAACUGCCAGUGCUGCUGCUAGGUCGCUCCACAGACCUGAGACCAGGCGAGUUUGUGGUUGCCAUUGGAAGUCCAUUUUCCCUACAAAACACAGUGACCACAGGAAUAGUGAGCACAGCUCAGCGAGGUGGAAAGGAACUGGGCCUACGAAACUCCGAUAUUGAUUACAUUCAGACGGAUGCUAUUAUCAAUUAUGGAAACUCAGGGGGUCCACUGGUGAAUUUGGAUGGUGAGGUUGUUGGAAUUAACACCCUGAAGGUGACUGCUGGAAUAUCAUUUGCAAUUCCAUCCGACAAAAUUCGACAGUUUUUAGUUGAAUCUCAUGACCGACAAGCAAAAGGACAAACUCCAACAAAAAAGAGAUACCUGGGAGUUAGAAUGAUUACACUUACCCCUGCCCUUGCAAAAGAACUGAAGGAGCGGCAGAAAGAUUUCCCUAAUGUCAAUGCUGGAGCCUAUAUCAUUGAGGUCAUUCCACGAACACCAGCUUUCAAUGGAGGCCUGAAGGACAAUGAUGUGAUUAUUAGUAUUAAUAAUCAAUUGGUAACUUCAUCCAGUGAUGUCAGCGAAGCCAUUAGAAAGGACCCAUCCCUGUCCAUAUUGGUCCGCCGAAGCAAUGAAGAUGUGAUAAUAAAUGUUGUGACUGAAGAAAUUGAACCUUAAAGUGAGCUGGGUCUCCUUGCCUAUGUGAAUAAAAUAACAAAGAAUUUGAUGUUUACUGGAUGAACGCAGUCCUUAGAAAAUAGCUUAUAGUCCUGUUGAUAUUUCUAUUGCACAACACCAUCAGGAGAUAUCUGCAGCUUGGAUAUAUUUCUGCAUAGAGUUACAAGCUGAGAUGCUCUAGAAUCUAUUGUAAAUUAAAAUCUGUUUCCCCCAUGCAUUUCCUUAAUUCAUCUUUUUUUCAAUUUCAUUUUAUUGUAAUCUACUUUCCUUAAAAUGUCAGUGUGAACAAUUCACUCAGUGAGAAUUUCUACUUUAUAAGAUUGGGGAUUAUCAUUAUUGAUAUUGGCACCGAAUCUCUUAAUAUGCAGUUACUUAGCUUUCACCAUGUGAAGGUAAAUGAGAUCCAUGACAUUGCUGGUGUGGGCCUAGCAGGAUUUAAGUGUUGGCACAACUUUUUCUUGCCUCAAGAUAUCAGAAUGCUUUCGUCAGGCUGUCCACCAAAUGGGUGAGUCUAAUGUGAAAUAAUUGUGGGGAUAUAUGUGAAAAAAUUUUUAUUCCCCUUCCUCAAUCCCCAGUCUUUUUUUCUCCAGACCAGAAUUUCAUGAGGCUGAGAUAUAAAGGAGCCAAUUUGCUCCAGGGCUUCACCAAAGCCAGUUUUAGCAAUUUUCAUGGUAGGGGCUUGAGGAUGAACUUUCCUCUGAUUUUCUCUUCCAUUUUAAAUUAUCACUUUUCCUUUCCCCAGUGGGUGUCAACAGUACACUUCACACAUAUUGCAAUAUUGUUCUGCAGGGGCUAUGUUCAGAUGGGGAUGGAGAAUGGGGAUGUCCAUCCAAUGGGCCUGAUUUAUAGCCACUUCAUGGUUUUAUGCCCCAAUUCCUACUUCUGCUGGGAGACUCCCUGAGCCUGGAUGGCAUGUGUGCACACUGCUAAUUCCUAGUUAAAGAAAGUUUUAAGUGAAGUUUGAUGCACAGAUUCGGAGAACGACCAGUGCUAAGACCAGGAGUAACUAGGAAUAACUGGGCUUUAUAUUGGUUUUUUGCCAGAAAAUAUUUUAAAGUAAAACAUUUUCUACCAGUGUAUAUUUUUACUCUGUCCUGCUUACAACUAGCAUCUUAAAAAUGCAUGCAACACAGGAAAAAUAUAUACUCAUCCUUUUCCACAUAUUGUCCAAAACCAUGCUGAAACUGAUUUUCCCUGCUGGUGUUUCAGGUUGCUGAACUUGACUAUGUCUCAGAAGUGUGCAGAAAUGUGAAUUGGCUAUAAAUUAAUUUCGUCAAGUUCUGCUCAAAAAUCUUUCUCUCUAAUUGUACUGGGAACAGAUCGGGGACCACUUUCCCAUUUAAAAACAGGUGCUACUGCCUCUUGAUUUGUUGUUUCUAUGAUGUCUGACUUAAGGGCCAUACUUGUAUUGCCAAGAAAGGUCUUUAUUGUUAAAUAAAUAUUUUUUCUGUUUCAA